AUGGCUGAUCCUCUGCGGAGGACAAUUCUAGGCAAACUCCGGGGCAAGAAGCCCAAAGGGAAAGACGCGAGAGAAGGUAAAGAAAACGUUUCUCAAACGCAGACAGAGAGAGAUUACAUUUCACAUGCGAUGAGGUGCGAGGAGCGGUGUGUGAACGCGGAUCCCCGGCGCGCGGAGCGGGUCACCGGCGGCCCGGUGGACGCGCACGGGAGCGGGUUCUCAAGGCCCCGGGGUCCCGCUGAUCAAAGGGAACACGGAGACUGCGAUUUCAAACCCCGACGAGAGGCUUUAAAGCUAACAGAUGGUCAAGAUCUACAGAGUAAACAACCAAAUGUUGCACCACUCGAGCAAAAGGCCGGGGACAACAUAACGAGCGCCUUUGAACGUCACGUCAGGGGCCCCCAGCCUCACGUGUUUGAUUAUAUAGACGCGGAAAGCGAUUUAAUUCAGCUUAUAGAGAGUUCCCUGGAGUAUCAUGGAGAUUUUAGGAUACAGAGUCCGACUUUUUUCCCCACUGAUCUGGAAAUAACAGUGGCCCCCGGGCUGAGAGACGGGGCCCCUCGACACCACUCGGUCGAGAGCGAGGAUGACGAUUAUUACGAUAACCAGAUUCUGCCUUUUUAUGAGUCUCACGCUCACGUGAAAGAGCGGAACACGUCAAUAUCGGCGUCGGACGCGAACGUAACCGACAGACUGAAGUCCCAGCUGAGAGAGGCGUAUUAUUUGCUGAUAAACGCGAUGCACGGGAUCGGUUUCGACGGUCAGGUCGAAGAUCACGGGUGCGUGGAUCAGUCCAGCAGCGCAUCCCACGACAGCGUCAGCACAGAGAGCGAGGAACGUAGGAACGAUUCCGGUUCAGCGUUUUUCGCGUUCCUCGGACUGACGCAGAGCAGGAGCUUGCGGAACAUUCGCGACGCGCGUCCCAAGCCGACCCUGCAGCGGUCAGUGAGCGAUAGCGUGGUGAAGUACGCGUCGAACCGCGGGGAAGAGCCGCGACGCGCCGUCGCAUCGGGUCUCGAUGUGCAACAGGUGGACCCCACGGAAAACCUCCCGACGCUUGCUUCAUCGCGUCAAUCCUGCGACGACGCAGCGGUGCCCAAACACCCCGGAGUCACCGUCAACAAGAUGCAAGAGUGGAUGCAGAGAGGUCGCGUGCUGUCGUCCGAGAUGAAGCAGAGGAUCGCGGGCUCCUCGCUGAGAGCCGGUCACGUGAUGCAGCAGACAGCACCGGUGGAGUUCAUCUCCGGUCCGUCUGUAUUUCAGCGAGACUCCAGCGCACGUCAGGCCCCAUUCAACCACAUCACUGUCACCAAAAAACGGCAGUGGCUCCAUCAGAGCUGUGCUCGGCUCGUCCUGCAGCCCGAGGACGUCACAGCGCCCCCUGCAGCCGAGGAGGAGCACACACACCCACAAACAACCAAAAACCAAAAAAAAGAAGUGCCGGACCCAGCCGAGGAUAGCGAGGGAGAGAUCUGGUACAACCCCAUCCCGGAGGAUGAAGAGGCCGAUCUUCCGAACUGUGUUCCCAACAUCAGAAUCCAGACGGGACGAGGAGGAUCGGAUCGAGACGAAAGACAGACGCAGGAGGAGAGCAGAGCCACAGAUCCUUCAGAGCAAUCCACUGGUGGACUUUCUCUCUCUUCUAGUCCCAGUCCAGCUAAAAGGAGCACUGCUAUCAACUGGUCUUUUCCUGAUAGAAUCAAGUCACCACGGACUGUCCGAAAACUGUCCAUGAAGAUGAAGAAACUGCCUGAUCUGAGUCGGAAGCUUAGUGUUAAAGGGACCCCUUCUAGCAAUGUGGCCAUCAGCAACAGCCAAUCAGAAACCAGGGCGCACUCACCUAUAGCCAAUGGGAUGGCAGAGUUGGGCAAGUCCCAGCCCAGACUGUCCCCGGCGGGUGUGAUGACUGCAUUGGCGAGUGGUAAUGUUAUUUGGCGAUACCAUCUGGACAGCAGUGUUUCUACACAGCACAACUUUGAUAAGAGAAGGAGCAACACCAGUGGCGUUCCCAAAUCGGCCAGUAAGGGAGGUUACCUAAGUGAUGGAGACUCACCUGAACUUGUAGCCAAGUCUGGCAGGCACGGGAACUCAGAAAGAAAGAACGGUAAAGCCCGGGAUAGGGAUCCCAAUGGGAAUGGUGGAAGUCCGAAGCUCCCUGGUACAGAGCUGGAUAUCGAUGCCUUCCGUUCGUACAGUUUCUCAGAGCAGCCAAAGCCGCUAACGUACAUCUCUGGACUAAUGAGUCUGCACUUUUAUGGGGCAGUGGACCUGAAGCCACCGCGGGUUGAUUCCCGUGACAUCUACUGCGCCAUCCAGGUGGACUCUGUCAACAAAGCUCGUACGGCCUUGCUGACCUGUCGGACGGCCUUCCUGGAUAUGGACCACACCUUCAACAUUGAGCUGGAGAACGCUCAGCGCCUCAAACUUGUGGUCUUCAGCUGGGAAUCAAUGCCGCGAAGGAAUCGAGUGUGUUGCCAUGGAACUGUGGUUCUCCCGACCCUGUUUCGUGUGAGAAAGACGCAUCUGCUUGCAGUCCGCCUGGAACCACGUGGAAUGAUCUACGUCAAGCUGAGCCUCAUGGAGCAGAGGCAGACCUCUCUUGAUGGCCAGGAGGGGGAUCAUGAAAUGCAGGUGUUUGGCCUACAGGCUCGGCGCGUGGUGGAACGGGAAGCUUCAGGAUUAAUGGUUCCACUGCUCAUCGAGAAAUGCAUCUCUGAGAUCGAGAGACGGGGUUGUCAGGUGGUGGGUCUGUAUCGUCUGUGUGGUUCGGCUGCGGUGAAGAAGGAGCUGCGGGAAGCGUUCGAGAGAGACAGUCACUCCGUCGAGCUCUCGGAAAACAACUACCCUGAUGUUAACGUCAUUACAGGCGUCCUGAAGGACUAUCUCCGAGAGCUUCCUCAUCCUCUCAUCUCGAAGCCUCUUUACGAGUCUGUUCUGGACUCGAUGGCCAAGAGGCCACUGCAGAUGGGAAGCGGCGUCUGUGAGAACGACCCGGUCGACUCGGAUCACGCCGUCGGCUCACUGGAGAUCCUGCCGGAGGUUGAGAAGGCGACCAUGCGGAAGCUUCUGGAUCACCUGAAGCGUGUGGCGUCCCAUCACGAGGUCAAUAAGAUGACCUGUCAGAACCUGGCGGUGUGUUUCGGGCCGGUUCUGCUCAGCCAGAGACCCGAGGCGUCCUGCCACGGGAAGCGGGUCUUCAUCGACUCCGAGGAGCUUGCAAGCGCUCUGCACUUCAAGGAACACAUCGAGGUCCUUCAUUACCUGCUCCAGCUCUGGCCAGUUGUGAACGCACAGAGUGAAUCUUCUACUUCAAUUCCUGCCCAGGUGGAGUCACUCCCAGUAACAACAGCUGCCGUAAGGAGAAGGAAAGAGUGUCCACAGGUGGUGAAUCUAACCGAUGAGGACAUGGCAGGUGUUUUGCGGCAUAGAGCUGGCCGCCUGGACAGUCCCAGUAACCGCUACGCCGGGGACUGGAGUGGAUGCCAGGAAACGUACCUCCAACCGACCUGCCCAGAGGAGGCAGACUAUGACGAGGUUCCCACCGAAGAUCCUCCAAACGCAGGACAGGAAAAUUUAUCAAAGGGUACUGGAGAUGUAAUCUCCAUACAAGAGUUACCCGAGGCGGACGAGGCAGUGGAGCGGGUUGAAGAAAUGCAGAUAGAGGAGGAAGAGGAAGAGAGUGAAGAAGAGAAUACAGAAGUUUUGGACAAGCUACGAGUUGAGGAACCACUUUCCAUCAGCCUCUGCGAUCAGAUCCUUUCUGAUCACAAGGAGAACAGACCCUACCAGGCCUACAUGAAGAUUCAGGAGAAAAGCCCAGUCCUAAACAACAGGAUCAACCUGCGGGACCUGCAGGAGAGCAUUGACACUCUAAUCGGCAACCUGGAAAGGGAGCUCAACAAGAACAAGCUCAACAUAGGGUACUGACUCUUUAACAGAACAGUCGAGAUAUGCUGGUGAUUGCCUAGAUACAUCAGCUCUACGUAACUUUCUUGCUCCCAUGCACACUUGGGAUGCAUGUACAAGAAGACAUUCCUCACUUCGGAUUUGUGUUUUCAUUUGUUUCCUGGUCUCCAUGUUGUUGAGCUCAUCAUUGUUUGUCUUCUUAUGAGAAGAACUCAAUGAACCCUGAGGGGUGCACCGGGUGCCUUCAUUUGUGCUACAACGGCAAGAGCUUUUUUACUUUCUACGAAUGUACAAAACAUUAUGAUGAAAACUAAUGCACUUAUGGGGCCUGCUGUUAAAGGCAUGGCCAGUUCAGGUACAGGGGUGAAGCCUUAUGAUGAGAGAACUAGCUACUGUAGAUACUUCCCUAUACCAUGGGUACUCAGUCCUGUUCAUGGAGAUCUAGCUUCCACUCCAGUUUCAACCCUACAAACACCAGAUAAUCAGGGUCUUGGGGUUCCCUUAAAGAGGUAGAUCACAAGGGCAGGAUUGAGAACCAUAUCCCAACCCCAGCUCUAUGACUCUGAACACUACAUCAGGGAUUUGAAUGCAAAUUACCUACUGAGGAGAUGGUGUUAGACUCCCUAAACUCUGAAUGCUAUAUCCUAACCCUAACCUGGCUCUAAACAAGGGGUGUCCCAUCCUGCCUCUGGAAAGCCACCUUCAUCUCUAGCUCUAAUUAAACACACUUAAUCCAGGUAAUCUAGGUCUUGGGAUUCACGUAAAGAGGAGGUAGAUCACCAAGUUCGGAAUUGAGCACCUGAUCCUGAACCCUACAUCAGGUAAUAUAAA